AUGUUGAGUGCGAAGGACCUUGUGGCGCUGGUCCAUCAGAAGGCUUACGAGCUGGAGGAAUGCGACACGCAGGACAUCGAGGAAGCCAAGAGAUGCAAGAAGAAGGCGCUGAAAGAGAAGAAGGCGGAGCUCACAAAGAAAGAAACGGAGCUGAAGAAUCAGAAGAUCCGCAAGCCUGCAUCCAAGAGCAAUGCCAGCACAAGUGAUGACGACGAUGUGGACUCCAACUGGGAGCUCGUCAACGAUGUGCAGGAACAAGUUGACGAUAUCAAAGAUGACGUCAAGGAUCUGGAGGCCGCCAUCAAGGAGCUUGAAGCGGAAGCCAACAGUUUCCGGAAGGCGCAACAGGCAACGUGCAAGAAGCUGGAGCCAUGCACGCGGAUUCUGCAGUUGGCUGUGGAGAUUUGCUGCACCACAUUCCGUGAGCAAGUGGCUGAAGAGGAGAAAUCAGCACUGCGGGCCACCUUGGAGUCCUUCCGAACCAACAUCUGCAAGCCCAUGAGCACGUUCAUGAGCAUGACUCAGCAGGCCAAGAGUAUGUUCAUGGAAUGCUCCUCGGUCUCUCCGCCUCUUCUCGUGGUGAAUGGCUCUUCAAGCAAAUUAGCUCUUCAGGAUGCCGAGUGA